UUGAGAAGACUGGCAAGCAUCUGAAAACUUGCCUGCUUUUUUGUUAUAUUUUGUUUUUCCUUUUUUCAUCAUCAUUUCAACCAAGAUGGAUUCUGAUGCCGGGUCCACCUGCAGUCGCUCCUCAUCCCCAGACCUAGUGGUGGACGACUCAGCUGGGAGCUUCUUCUCCAACAAGAUGUUUCAGACAUACUGCCAAGACAACAGAGCGCACAGAGAAGGUGACCAGAGCAAUACGGACUGCUGCAGUGGAGGCGGAAAGACCAAAAGUAGAUCUCAGCUCAGCAAGGAAGAGAUGCAAGACCUGAGACUGAAAGUGAACAGUCGGGAGAGGAAGAGGAUGCAUGAUUUGAACCAGGCCAUGGAUGGCUUGAGAGAGGUCAUGCCCUACGCUCAUGGCCCAUCGGUGCGCAAGCUGUCAAAAAUAUCUACCUUGCUGCUGGCCCGAAACUAUAUCCUCAUGCUGUCCAGCUCUUUGGAGGAAAUGAAGAAACUGGUCGGGGACGUGUAUGGAGCCAGUGCUGCCGCCCAGAGUCGCACUGCCGCCCACCCGACCAUCACCCCUGCAGCACCACCUGCCCACCUGCCCUUGCAUCCUCUGGCCCAGUCACUGCACUCACUGGUGGGCUCCACCCAGCAUCACACCCCUACUCCAGCGACUACUGCAGCUCCAGCGCCACACUCGCCUCCAUCAACCAGCUUCCUUGGUUUUCAUGCUCCAGUUCAGAGUCUCCUGAAGGACCCACUCCACCUGACCAGCUCCUACAGACACUUCCCAGGCAUGCCUUGCCCCUGCUCCCUGUGCCAAACUUUGCCUGCACCAAGCUCUUCAUUGCAUAGCCUGGCAAUGAACAAAUAA